CUGAAGAGUCUCCUGGAAUCUCACUAGCCCAGAGAGUGCAUCCGACCACCAGCAAGCCAAGGGAAACAGCGGCAAGAAACCACAGAGUGACAAAAAUGAAGAAAAAUCCUGGAAACGGUGGACUUUUUUGAUCAAAGUUGGAAGAUCUCUGAUGAGCCCAUGACAAGCGAGGGUGAGGAGCGACGCAGCAGGACCAGAGACCAGAACCUGAUCUCAUCAGACACCGACAGAUGCUCAUCACGCCGCUCGUCUCAACACUACUUCUGUAACAAGAUGGACCAUGACUGGCAUGGCAGCAGGAGAAGUGGUCACCGCAGCAGACACAAUGACGAUGAGGAUGAGUCGGUCUACAUCGGCGUUCCAGUGCCACGGAGCUACAGAAGGAAGCGCAGACAUCACAGACACACGUCACGUCAUUCCCACGACCGCGACGGCCGGGACAGACACCACAACCGCCACGAACACCCGAACCGAGAGGAGCCAUGUGACCCAGAUGAAGGAGAGCAGGAUUCAAACGAGCUUUCUGACAUCAACUCCACCAUGUCCCCUGCUGCUGAGAGACUACGUCACAUCCUCAGAGAGGAAGAUGAGCCCACACCCACCCUCUUCACUGAGAUGGACACAUUGCAGCAUGAGGGUGGAGAGAUGGAGUGGAAAGAGUCUGCCAGGUGGGUUAAGUUUGAGGAGAAGGUGGAGGAGGGUGGCGAGAGGUGGAGCAAACCGCAUGUUUCCACGCUGUCUCUGCACAGUCUGUUUGAGCUGCGCACCUGUCUGCAGACGGGCUGCAUCCUGCUGGACCUGGAGGGGUAUUCACUGCCGCAGAUAGUGGACGACAUCAUUGAGAAGCAGGUGCAGGAGGGCCUCAUAGCUCCGGAGAUCCGUGAGAAGAUCAGUUUUGUCCUCUUGCGGAAGCACCGGCACCAGACCAAGAAGCCGAUCCACCGCUCCUUGGCGGACAUCGGAAAAUCCAGCCCGUCCAACCGCAGUCCGAGCCCGAGUCCUCGCUCUGGGUCGGGUUUCCAUCGCUCCACUGAGGACCUGCGAGCUCGUCAGAGCGGCGGCCUCAGCAAACUGCAUCCUUCUCAGUGUCGCAGUAUGAAUGAUAUUUCUGUCACACCCAGCACCGACCAGCUGAAGAAUAAGUUCAUGAAGAAGAUCCCCAGAGAUGCCGAGGCGUCUAAUGUCUUGAUUGGAGAAGUGGAUUUUUUAGACAAGCCGUUUGUGGCCUUCGUUCGUCUGGCUCAAGCUGCAACACUAGGAGGCCUUACUGAAGUCCCUGUGCCAACAAGGUUUCUUUUUGUGCUGCUCGGUCCCAAUGGCAAAACCAAAUCCUACAACGAGAUCGGUCGGGCCAUGGCUACGCUCAUGGUUGACGAUCUGUUCAGCGACGUGGCCUAUAAAGCCAGAGAUCGUGAGGACUUGAUUGCUGGGAUUGAUGAGUUUCUGGACGAGGUGAUCGUUCUUCCUCCUGGAGAAUGGGACCCCAAGAUCCGCAUCGAACCCCCGAAGAAACUGCCUUCAGCAGAGAUGAGGAAGUCUGUUUUCUCUCUGAACGAGCUGGGGCAGGCGAAUGGGAACGCUGGAGGAGGUCCGGUGUCUGCAGAAGACGAGGAAAUGCCAGCUCCACAUGAACUCGGAGAGGAGCUGAAAUUCACUGGCCGCUUUUGCGGUGGACUGUGGCUGGACAUCAAGCGUAAAGUGCCCUGGGUUCUCAGUGACUUCUACGAGGGCUUCCACCUCCAGUCGGUCUCUGCGGUGCUCUUCAUUUACCUGGGCUGCAUCACCAAUGCUAUCACCUUUGGAGGACUGCUGGGGGACGCGACCGACAACUACCAAGGUGUGAUGGAAAGCUUUCUGGGCACGGCUUUGGCCGGCGCGGUCUUCUGCUUCUUCAGCGGUCAACCCCUCAUCAUCCUCAGCUCUACAGGACCCAUACUAAUCUUUGAAAAGCUGCUGUAUGAAUUCAGCAUAAACAACGACAUCGACUACAUGGAGAUCCGGCUCUGGAUCGGCCUGCACUCCUGUCUUCAGUGUCUGAUCCUGGUGGCCACGGACGCCAGCUACAUCAUCAAAUACAUGACACGCUUCACCGAGGAGGGCUUCUCCAGCCUCAUCUCCUUCAUCUUCAUCUCUGACGCCCUUAAGAAAAUGAUGAGUAUCUUCAAUUAUUACCCCAUCAAUCGAGACUUCAAGCCAGAGUACAUCACCAGCUACAGGUGUGACUGCCAGCCUCCUGAUCAAAUGUCUCCACUCAACGCUUCCUCUCCAUUAGGCCUAGAAAACAUCUCUGACUACUCCAUGUUCAACUUCUCUGCUCUGGACUGGAAUCAGUUGAGUAAGAAGGAGUGCUUGAGGUUCGGCGGUUCCCUGCUGGGUAAAUCCUGCAAAUACGUGCCUGAUCUGGCCAUGCUGUCUUUCAUUCUGUUCUUCGGCACGUACUCCAUGACCAUCUCUCUGAAGAAGUUCAAGGCCAGCCGUUACUUCCCCACGAAGUGUCGCACCUUGAUAGCAGAUUUUUCCAUAAUUAUAUCCAUCCUGGUCUUCUGUGCUCUGGAUUAUUUGAUGUCCUUGGAUACCCCUAAACUGCAUGUGCCCACCCAGAUAAAGCCGACGCGGCCGGAUCGAGGCUGGAUCGUCAUGCCCUUUGGGAAGAACCCGUGGUGGAUGUGCCUGGCCAGUUUUGUACCCGCUCUGCUGGUCACCAUCCUAAUCUUCAUGGAUCAGCAGAUCACGGCUGUCAUCGUCAACCGAAAAGAAAACAAACUGAAGAAAGGUUGUGGUUAUCAUCUGGACCUGUUCUGGGUGGGCGUCCUCAUGGCCGUCUGCUCCUUCAUGGGUUUGCCGUGGUACGUGGCCGCUACAGUCAUUUCCAUCGCCCACAUCGACUCUCUGAAGAUGGAGAGCGAGUCCAGCGCUCCUGGAGAGCAGCCGCAGUUUCUCGGUGUGCGGGAACAGAGGCUCACGGGCAUACUGGUGUUCGUCCUCACCGGAGUCUCUGUCUUCCUUGCACCAGUACUGCAGGUGAUCGGAACGCUCUUACUGUACUUGAAUGAAAGCAUGCUCAUUUCUAUACUUAGUGCUGUACUAAUAACUGUGUGUAUUUCUGCGCAGUACAUCCCUAUGCCUGUGCUGUAUGGUGUUUUCCUGUACAUGGGCGUCGCUUCUCUCCAUGGCAUUCAGUUCUGGGAGAGGAUGAAGCUCUUCCUCAUGCCAGCCAAGCACCAGCCAGACUUCGUGUUCCUGCGUCACGUACCCCUGCGGCGCGUACAUCUCUUCACUCUGGUGCAGAUCACCUGUCUGGCCGUCCUCUGGAUCCUCAAGUCCACCGUAGCCGCCAUCAUUUUCCCCGUCAUGAUUCUGGGCCUGAUGGUCGUGAGGAAGAUGCUGGACCUGAUCUUCUCGCAGCAUGAUCUGGCCUGGCUGGACGACAUCCUGCCCGACAAGGACAAGAAGAAGAAGGAGGAUGAGAAGAAAAAAAAAGAGAAGAAGAAAGCAGUAAAGUCAGAGGAACACAACAACAGUGAUGAGGAGUGUCCCAAAGACUCUCUCCCGUCAGUGAAGAUUCCUCUGAAGCCAGUGAGUCCAUCAUGUUGUCCAAACCCUCCUAAUUCUGACCCCUCUGCCUAACUGAGCGUCACCCUUAUCCCUGCCCCCUCUCGGACCUGUAUCCGGACAGACUGACAUCCCUCACCUGAGCCCGAAGCAUCCGACCGAUCGAACACAACAAACCACGACGAGAUACGAGCACGGCAUCGCUGGCGCUUCCCCAAAACACACCAGACUCACAGAUGCAUGAUAUUUUUACGUGCUUUACCAACGCAGCGAGUGACGCGCGUUUCCAAACCCACAUUGACCAUAUUGAGCGUGAGUCAUUCAGAGCUUGGAUUUAACUCAAGAUCCUUCAGUUAGAUCUAGACGCGGAUGAGCUCACACACACUCGCUGUGUGUUAAGAUCAACACAUGACCAGAUUGUGCUCUAUUCGGAGGAGACCUGCAAAGGCUAAAAUAAGAAGCGGAAGAGGUUUAAACCAAGUUUAUGAUUUUGUUAUCAUAUUGUAUAAAUAUAUUUGAACUGUAUGAUAUUAAAUAUGGAGUUCAUAGAACCUAGUGAGACAAAAGCGCAAAUAAAUUCAAUUAUAGUUAGAAAAACAGUGUAUCUAGUCAAUUCAGUUGGAUUCAAUUUCUUGUAUUGCAAUUAAGACAUAUAUUCCAUAGAUUCUGAGUUCAUAUUGUAGCAUUUUAUAUUUAAAAAGAUCAGGAAUGUGUAUGGGAGUGAUGCUGAAGUGUUUCCAGAUAAAUUAGUCUUUGUGGUCUGUGAGAACAACAAACAGGUUUGUUUUAUUCAGAUUCUGUUUUUUCAUUUGUUUUGUUCAAAUAAAGAAUGAAAGAGGC